AUGCCGAGGAGAGACGGGGAGGACAUUGAGCAGGAGGAUCCCAAAGACGGCUGCCGGCCGAUCCACGCCGCCAUCAUUUGCGACCAGGAGGAGACGCUGCAGCAACGGGCAGACGUAGAAGCUGCAGGGCCAGGGGGCCUGCAGCCGCUUGCCUUGGCUUGCCGCUGCAAUGCCCCGGCCGCUGUGCGGCUGCUGAAAGCUGCCGGGGCGCGCGGGGCGCGCGAGGGCGAGACCUUGGAGAGGCUAUGCCACGAGGCCGGCGCUGCCAAGGCUCUCCGUGCGCUCCGCGGCGAUGGCGACGAUGCCAACGAAGGAGAAGGAGUAGAGAGUGCACCGAAUGCACCGGAUGCACCGGAUGCACCGAAUGCACCGGAUGCACCGGAUGAACCGGAUGCCAAAGAUCCAUCACCAUCGAAACCGUGCGAACCCUGGUUUGGGUCCUCUGUCAAUCCCGCCAACAUGGAGGAGGAAGCUGAGCAAGAUGCACUUGCAUUGAUGGAGGUGCUUGAACGGGAAGCCUGA